CAUUUCGGUAGACGGUGAAGGUGCAACAGUCUUCGGUCGUCCCGAUUCCGGGUUCAUCCGACACCCUCACUGAAUCAAGCUGAACUGAGCUCAACUUCUACAACACCACCAUGCCUCCUAAAUUCGACCCAAAUGAAAUCAAAGUUGUGUACAUGAGAUGCACUGGAGGAGAGGUUGGCGCUACUUCUGCUCUGGCCCCCAAAAUUGGACCCUUGGGUCUGUCCCCCAAGAAAGUGGGUGACGACAUUGCCAAGGCAACCGGUGACUGGAAGGGCCUGAGGAUCACAGUGAAGCUGACCAUCCAGAACAGGCAGGCAGCGAUCGAGGUGGUGCCCUCUGCAUCGGCUCUCAUCAUCAAAGCCCUGAAGGAGCCCCCCCGCGACAGGAAGAAGGUCAAAAACAUCAAACACAGCGGCAGUGUGACUUUCGACGAGAUCGUCAGUAUCGCCCGUGUGAUGAGGCCCCGCUCAAUUGCCAGGGAGCUGUCAGGAACCAUUAAGGAGAUCCUGGGUACGGCACAGUCUGUGGGAUGCACCAUCGAUGGCCGCCCUCCCCAUGAUGUCAUUGAUGACAUCAACAGUGGCAAAGUGGAGUGCCCUUCUGUGACUUGGUGA